GUUACAAAAGCCAACCGACCACACUGUUCGUCGAGGAGGCGAGCCAAGGCGAGGAUGCAAAAACAGCACCAGCAAGAAUUGUAUGUUGGAACAAACCAAACUUUUGAGUCGCAGACUGGAAACAGCAGUGGCCGGAAGAAUAACGUGGAGCCAGUCCACCCUGACCCUCACACUUACUUCCCCCUCGCCCAGCUGGCCCGGGACUUGUUUACACUGGGUUACCGGGCGAAAGCGAAUGAGGAAGCGGAGCAAAUAGCGAAUUUCUUCGUUUCUGUGGAACAACUACACCGCCGACCAACAUCUUCUAGUCAAACCACCGCUGACAAAACUGCCACGAGGUCUACAACUUUCAGGUCGUUGUUUCAAACUCUGAAACUCUGCGAACAGUUAGAGAUUCUGCACUACUUGUCAACUACCC